AUGACCAUGAGCGAGCUCGCUGUCAAUCAGAGUGCUGUCAGCACAUCGGCUACUUCCUCGGGCGCCAUGUCGCCGCACGACCCUGGCCUCUUCUCCCUGCUCAAUGCGCUCUUUGAGCCCAACUUUCUCAUCCUCGUCUCGUAUCUUUGCAUCAACCUCUACCUCGCCUUCCGCGUCGUGCGAAUCGCGACCAAGAAGUACCGCCAGCUCAGCAUGCUGCCAAAGGUCCAUGGCGAGAUGGGUCUCGUCGAGCUCGACCACGUUGGCGACGAUGUCAUGUCGGCGCAUCAAGACCUCUUCCGCACAGGCAAGAAGCCAAAGGAGAUCAAGACCGACACCCCUGUCGCUGAUGCUCUGAUCAAGCUCGCUACCUGGGCCUUUAGAAACAAGGCUCUCCACGCCAAGUGGAUCUUUGCACUUCUUGCCGUGCUCAGCCUUGCCUCGACCUGGUACUAUAUGAUCUCCUUCCUGCGUCAUUCGUACGAGGCAUACCUUGAGCGCUGCCAUCUGACAUCAUUCCCAUUGCCACCAACGCCGCCUCCCUUCGAUCUCGGACGACCAGAACUGCUCGUACCUGCGUUACACUUGCGUGUCCUCCGCAUAUCGCAGUGGCUCGGCUCGCUGAGCCUCUUUAAGGAAGCUUGGAUGGAGGUCAUCAAGGAUAACACCUCGUGGUGGUGGAGCAGCGAGAUCUGCAUCAUCACCGUGGGCGCAUGGGCCCUCUUUCUGCGUCACGAGGCCGAGCGCCUUCGCAUCCCUCACGUCUGGACCAUCAUGGCGCUCGGACAGCUUGUCGCCAUCAGCUUUGCCUUCAAUCUCUUCAACCUCGCCGUCAUAUACCGCCUCGAUGCCUUCGAUCUCAUUGCUGCCCGCUCGGACACGAAAUUCAAGGCCAGAGAGCGCAUCUUCAAGCCGCUGGAAGACGACGAAGAUGAUUCUCCGCCCACUAUCUCCCCGCAGCCCGAGUCCGAGCGAUUAAGGCAGGAGCAGGGAGGCUUCACCGUCGCCAUGAACAGACCCCGAACAGCUCGUCAUUCUCCUCCAUUUGCUCUUCCUCCCACUCCGCGCGAUUCUCCCGACCCCAACGUCAGGCACUUCAAGACCGACAUCACCAUCAGGAAGACACCGCUGCCUCCUCAGCCAACGAUGAUGGACAAGGUAGCUCGUACAAUGCAACACUGGAUUCCAGAGAAAGUCGGCAUGCCUCUGUUCAUCCUUGCUGGCCUCUCAUCGGUACUGCAGCACCCCAACAGCUUUACGAAAGUGAUGAUCAUGCACGUCUUUCCUCUGCUCGUCUCGCUCUACGUCACCUACAAGCCGCCUCGCGCUUCGAGAGAGAAUCGCCCCACGAUGGGGCGACGAUGGCAGCUGCCGACGCCUCACCGCACGACACGGCAGAUCUUGUCUAAGCUAAUGUCGCGCAGCAAGCUUCGAGUGCCUUUCUGGAAAGACGCAAAGAUGUACUUCCUUGGUCUCGCCGCCAUCAGCAUCGUACUGCGACUGUGGCUCACCCUCGCCUGCUUCUUGGAGGUCAACGGCAGCCGCACCUUCCUGCACCGUAUCUUUGGCACGAUCAGCUUGCUCUUUCCAACUACAUUCUUCCGCCACCCAGCUCAGAGCUCGAUCAGUUCGGAUCAUGUCUGCGUUGCAGUCAGUGCAUCGGUCUUCGUACUCAUCGAGAGCGGCCUGUGGUUGUGGAAGGCAGCUGUCGCAAGCCCAAGCGCCAAACACCCCGCCAUCAGCGAUCCCGACGACGAAGACGACGACGACGAUGCUCCGCCAGGUAUGAUGAACUUUCCCCUGCCUUCCUCGCUCCGACUUGAUCGAGCGGACCGUCAUGUCAUCGAGACGCAAGCACGCGCCGUUGUCGCUCUGCUCGCUCUAUCGCCGUUCCUAGGAGGCAGCGCGACGCUGUCUCUGUACUUGGCAGCACGAUGUACGUGGGUCGAGCAGUACGACAGGCAUCGACAAGAACGAGACGACGACAUCCUCCAUGAACCAGGCCGUCCAGGCGAGAUCGUCAUCGAGAACAAAGAAGAAAUCGAACUUGUCGAGAACGAGGAAGGUGAGCGAUACAUUGAGAGGCGAAAGAUCAAGAUCAGCGAGGCAUUUCGUCGAGGCGCGCCCCGAUCAGCACAGCCUGCCAAUCCAGUCCCGUCUGUCCCGCACAUGGACGUAGGAAACGGAGAUCCACCGACGCCAAGCUCGUCGUCGACAUUCGUACUCGACGGCACCCCUAGCGAGGAUGAUCACGGUGGAUCGCAGCCAACGCCUCGCACUCGACGUCGUAUGAGAGGCUCAACAGCGGACAGCGAGGCCGCUUCCGGCCAUGAAGAGACCGCACGUCGAUCGACGCAAACGCGACAUCGUCAUCCUCCGCAGCGGUAUGGCGAUCCCGUGCCCUUGAGCUCGCCUCGACGAUGA